AUGUCUGGCUGGGGAGGACACGAUCAGGGCUAUGGAGGGGGAUACGGAGGGGGCUACCCGGGUGGCUAUCAACCUCCCCCUCCGCAACAAGGAUACAAUCAAUACCCACCGCAGCAGCAACACGGGUACGACCAGUAUGGACCUCCGGGAGGACCACCGCCUCCGCAGCAACAUGGUUAUGGUCAGUACGGACCCCCGGGAGGACCACCUCCCCAUCAACAGGGUUACCAGCAACAAGGCUAUAAUCAGUAUCCUCCACAAGGCGGCCCUCCCCCGUCGCAUCACCAGGGUUCAAACCGCUUCCCAGCCCCCUCGCACCCGCCACCCCAGGGCCUGGACCAGUACGGAUAUCCUUUGAACGGCCCUCCCGUCCAGGGCUACGGGGGGCAACAUCGGGCUGGGCCGCCUCCGCCCUCGGCCCCACAGGGAUUCGGCCAUGGAGCACCGGAUGGCUAUACCUUUCAGUACUCCAAUUGUACUGGUAAGCGCAAAGCCUUGCUGAUCGGUAUCAACUAUUUCGGCCAAGACGGCGAGCUUCGGGGAUGCAUCAAUGACACUAAGAACGUCUCUGUCUUCCUGAUGGAGAGAUACGGGUAUAAGAGGGAGGAUAUGAUUAUUCUCACCGACGACCAGCGUGACCCAAUCAUGCAACCAACCAAAGCCAACAUCAUCCGCGCUAUGGAGUGGUUGGUAUCCGGAGCCAGGCCCAACGAUUCUCUGUUCCUGCAUUACUCCGGCCACGGCGGACAGACUGAGGACACGGACGGAGACGAGGAGGAUGGCUCGGACGAGGUCAUCUACCCCGUCGACUACAAGCAAGCCGGCCACAUUGUUGACGACCAGCUUCACGACGUCGUCGUUAGGCCCCUUGUCGCAGGUGUGCGACUGACAGCCAUAUUCGAUAGCUGUCACUCUGGCUCUGUCCUCGAUCUCCCCUACAUCUACUCGACCAAGGGUGUUCUGAAAGAGCCCAACCUGGCCGCAGAAGCCGGCCAAGGUCUGCUCAGUGCAUUCUCUUCCUAUGCCAAGGGCGACACUGCCGGAGUUGCUAAGGCCAUCUUCGGCUUCGCCAAGACCGCUUACCGAGGCGACGACGGUUACAAGAAGACCAUCAAAACCAAAACCUCGCCGGCUGACGUCAUCAUGUGGUCCGGUAGCAAAGACGAUCAGACUUCGGCCGAUGCUACCAUUGCAUCGCAGGCUACUGGUGCCAUGUCGUGGGCCUUCAUCACAGCUAUCAAGCAGGACCCCAAGCAGAGCUACGUGGAGCUCCUCAACAGCAUUCGGGAUGUCUUGCAGACCAAGUACUCGCAGAAGCCUCAGCUUUCGUGUAGUCACCCGCUCGAAGACCCAAGCGUCAGCGUGCUCGUGGUGGAAUACGGCUACCUCGACAACAACCAGACAGUACUGAUCCCAUAUUUCGCGGGCUCCAACAACUUCCGAGACCUUUACGACAUCACCUCGACGCCUCUAGUGCACUUAAACAAUGCGCCUGCGCCAGUAUUCGCGGCGGCGACUGUGGGAGGCGGCAGUGUAGUCAACGGAAUGUACUUCGAUCGGGCCAGCGCUUCGGACUGUGAUAUGUGGGAGCUAGGCAACCCUGAAUGGGGCUGGGAUGGCAUGCUACCGUACUUCAUCAAGUCAACCAAUCUCACGCCACCCACUCCGGAAAUCGCGGCGCGGUACAACUACACCUGGAACGCCUCGGCCUGGGCACGGAUGGUCCAGUGCACGCCAGUAUCGCUCCCUUCGAAUGGCCGGAAGAACCGUAUUUCUUCACUGCCUGCCAUCCCUUAUCCUACAGAUGGAGGGGACGGCUCAGGCGUAGGCAUCUUUUGGGUCCCGAAUAGCCAGGACCCGACGACUGAGACGAGGAGCGAUGCCAGAACGGUUUACUAUGAUCCUGUGGUCAAUCGGACCAAUCUCCCCCUGAUGACGGCCACGACGGUGAACAGGGUGCUCUUCCGCGGUAAGACGGCGAUUGGCAUCGAGAUGAGAUACUCGGGAUCUUCAAGGCGGGUGUGCUGUCUCCUUCGUUCGCGCAUCCGAGUUGUGCGUGUCCGAUGA